AUUGCGGCUCUGGAAGGGAGGAUCAUGGAGAUACUCAGCAUUCAGCAGUUGGUAAGUGAGGAACGGCCCGAAGAGAAAGUCGGCUGUUUUGCAGCACGUGCGAGAGGCUCAGCCUGGGAACCUGAACGUUGGCGCUCCGGUCCGGCUGGGCCCUGGUGGGAAUCGGUGGAAAGAGAGAAGCAGAAAGCGGAAGACGAGAAGAAGAAAAAGCUUGAGGCCCUCAAUAAUGCCAGGUUGAAGAUUGACACCUUGGAUGACUUGGCGGCCAUUGUCAAGCAUCGCAAGCAGAAGAAGAAAAAGUGUAAGAAAGUAGUCCUCCCCAAACCGCAGGAGCCGGAAAUUGUUAUAGAAUCGGUGGAGCCAGAGCAGUUUCUUGAUGCCGCUCUGGAGAACCGGAUUCUUGUUAUCGAUAAAUAUCUGGCCGAUGGAGGGGACCCCAAUAUUCAUGACAAGUUCAAAUGCACAGCCCUGCACCGAGCCUGUUUGCGGGGCCAUAAAGAGAUGGUGGACAAGCUGCUGGAAGCGGGAGCCAAACUGGAGCCAAGAGACAUGCUGGAGGCAACCCCCUUGUUCUGGGCUUGCCGCGGGGGACACCUGGACAUCCUCAAGGGGCUGAUCAGCCGUGGAGCCAAAAUUUCCACCCGGGACAAGCUAUGGAGUACCCCUUUGCACGUAGCUGUCCGUACCGGUCACUCCGACUGCGCUGAGCAUCUCAUUGCCUGUGGAGCAAAGAUCAACGCCCAGGAUAAGGAAGGAGAUACACCCAUUCACGAUGCGGUCAGAUUAGGACGAUUCCAGGCGGUCAAGACUCUGCUGAUGUACGGGGCAAAUCUUAACAUCCAGAAUGAGGAGGCAGUCACCCCAGUAGACCUGGUGAAGGACUGGCAGACGGGCAUCCGGGAAACGCUUCAAAUGUGUGCCAACCGGCAGCAAGGCCUAACCAGGAGCUGCUGAACGGGUGUGUGUGUGGGGGGGGCACACCUUGAAUAAUGGGGUGUUGACUCUACAAGCCGGCAGCCCCCCCCCUUUUUUUUUCUCCACCACCCCGCGACCAAUUUACCAUCCUUGUCCCUGUUUUGCACCAAACUGGACAGAUUUGCCUUUUCUCUUCGACCCUCUUCAACGGCAAUAGAAAUCCGGGGGUUUUCUUGCAUCCUCAGCUGAUACAGGGCAGCUGGCUGGGCUCCAAGGACUUCCUGCAGCUCCGUCUCUCGAGAGGGAGACAUUUUGUGCAUGUUAGCAGGUGACGGGCCCCUUGCGUGCUUGCAUUCGUCCUGGCUACCCACAGAGGGCAGCCUGGUGGGGCUUUGACCAAGGCGAGUCUCCAAGAAGAAAGCUCUGCCUUCCAGCCUCAAAAACCCAGGGGGCGUAAGCAUCCCAGGAGUCAGGGGGGCUGAAGGCCAGAGAGAUGAUGAGAGGCUCCCCUGGCCAACUCCAGAUGGCCAAAAACAGGCGCGAUCCAAGGAGCUACCAGUUCGGGAUGUAGGUUUUUAGGGGACUGUCAAUGGCAGAGAGUUGAGCCUUGCAGCUGCCUCUCUGCUCCAAGGGACAGUCCCGCUGGCCCAGCUGCUCCCUGGAUCUUCGGAGCAGCAAGCUCGAAUUUUAAGGAAAGCAGAGGUGGAGCUCUUGCUUGAGAAUGUAUCUGCUGAACAAAACUCCGCACUGGUGACAGGAAGGGCAUCUGGCCAUUAAAGCACUCUGCUAGCUCCAUUCAGUUGCCCGGACUCCACCACGCAAGGGAUUAUGGGGUUGUUAAAAGAUGAUGAUCUGGCCUUACUUCAAACCAGAUACGCUGGUGGUCUCUGAGCUGCAGCUCCCCUGGAAGGGGCAUCUCGUCACAGUCCUCCCCGAUGCUAGGGUUGAGGGCUGGGUAAUGUUCUUCCAGAGGUGGAGAGACCCUCCGGCCACUGGAGAGGGGCCAGAUUGAAAUCCUCUUGAGCUCAUUACAAUGGAUCCCCUCAGCCCCAUCCAGCUACCACAGGCGCCCCUGACUCAAACAACGUCAAACUGGUCACGACCACCCAGUUGGCUGCGACCACCCCAGCCAAUGAAUGCCCACCUGCCCAACCCCCCCCCAAGAUCAACCACAACCGUGAUGCAGCCCUCAAUGAAAUAAGAGUUUGACACCCCUGUACUAUAGCUUCCAUAUUGGUGCUAACUCUUGUCCUGUGUCGAGUCGGCCGUGACAAGUUGCCUGUGUCGAGUUGUCGUAGACCCAAAAGGAGCUGCUCCCUUGUCACCAUUUCUAGCUACUGUCGAUCCCAGGUCCCAGGUUGUCCUUGCCCUCGUUCUCUUGGUACAUUAGACAAGAGGAGGACCACGUUGGUGCCGCUGGACACCAGGUUCUCCUCCACCAGUACCUGGCCCUCCUGCUAACAGCACAAUUCCUCCAAUGAACGAAGGGGCCAAGUAUGGCGGACAGCCGCUGGCCAUCCUUUUUGCAAGCUCCAUGACGAACUAUUCCGGAAGUGGGGGGGACACACAUGCCAAUCAGGCACCCCCUCCCGCUAAUAGUAAUUCCUUUGCUUGGGGAGACUGGGUUCUCCCUACUGACCUCUUUACCUAUUCAUGACUCCAAGGUCUGCCUUCAAUGAACAUGUGCCCCAGAGCUGGGAUGGGCAUCCAGAAAGGCCAGCCUUGCUCUCUCUCUCAAUCUGGAACGGGAUUUGUACCGUACCAGCUCUGGUGACUAUUUAUUUAUUUAUUUAUUUUAUUCCCGCCCUGCCCUUCUCCCUUUUCCAAAGGAAGGGCGGCCGGGACGAUUACUUGAAUUUUUCUUUGUAAACCGACACCAACUUCACUUUUUUUUGCGUCAAUUUGGGACCCCCCCCAAAGCUGUCGCAAACAAUACUGUAGUCCUUUUGGUUUAAGUUGUGGGGUGAGGAAUUAGUCCCUGGAUGACCGGUGCACUUCAACUCCCAGGAUUCCUGAGACAAAGCCAGGAAUUCUGGGAGUUGAAGUCCCCAGGUCAUAAAAAGGACCAUACUUCCCUAUCCCUGGUCUAAGUCAGGGGGUUUCCAACCUUGGCAAUUUUACCAAUGGACUUUGUCAACUUGCAAAGUUGGAUUUUUCUUGAAACUUGAUUAGAGGCUCCGUCCACAAGUCUUAAAAGUUGCCAAGGUUGGAGACUUCUGGUCUAAGUCAUACCAGGCCACUGCGCACAGGCAAUUCGCCAGUCUGGCGUUAAGACUGGCUUUGAGAUUGCUUAGCCGUGGGCCGAGGUCUUCGGUAUCAUCUCAGGACUGGCCCCCUCCAUCCAUGCCCACUUCCACACCUCUGACCGCGAACGGAGGGGCGCGUGGGCAAAACUGGCGGGGUUUCCAGAAAGAUACUCCACUUAGGAAACUGAUUGUACAGUGCUAAGAUUUCCUUCCCUCGAAAUUCUCUGAGGGCAGUACUGCUGUGAUGUGAUUUUUCUUUUGUAAAUAAUAAAAAGCUAUUUUUUUGCGUCCUGAAA